AUGACAUCCUCGGCGGAGAACUCUCCUUCCCCGGGCCCGGAGUCCUCCAAUGAGCCCACGCCGCAAUUAAACAUUCCUCCCGAUAUCCUACGUCUUCGCGCAGAGAUCUUCACACUAGAGUCCCCGAUCACGGUUUCCGUGACUGAAUUUAACAAUGCUUGGAAAUAUCUAGACAACAUUUACGUUCGGAACCAAGCCAGAUACGGACAAAAGAAAACAACCACAUACUAUUGGUGUCGACUAUGGCGUACCAAAGCCUACGAGCCGAGCGUGUCGGAUGAGCAGCGCAAACGGAAACGGACCGUUCGCGAACCAAUUGGCUGUCCAUGUCGAAUCAGAAUUGUUAGUGAUGGCUAUUAUAUGACUAUCACCCGAGGCAAGGAGCCACACAAUCAUGAUAUCUCCGCGCUCGACUAUAAACUCACCACCGCUGCUCGCGAGCUCGCUGCGCAGGCGGUCGCAAAGGGCAGUAGACCUAGUUUGGUCGCGCGAGAACUGAAGAAUAGCGGUAUUGGUGGCCAAAUAACUUCCAAAGAUGCCUGGAACGCUGGUAAUGUUUGGGUUAGUCGGAAAGAAGGACGGCCUGCAUGGCAGAAGCAUUACCCUAAAAAUGUAGGUUUCUUCUUAAUAGGAUGA